AUCUCUUUCUGAGUCGUCCUCGCGUUUCGGGGAAAGAGGCGGCGUCUUGCUUGUGUUGUUGCUUCUUCUUGCUUCUUGCUCGGGUUCUUCUGCAUUUUCUCUUCCGUUUCUAGUUUGACGGAAGUAGUUGAAGCUUAAUGCGUCUACUUUUUCAUUUACUUUUUGUGUUACUUGUGUCUUUUUAUUUUUCUCUUAAUUUUGAUGAAAUGAGUAUUAUUUUUCUUGGGAUUGUGUUGUGAUUUUUUUUUCUUCUAUUUUCCUGUUUUUGAUGGAACGACAGAUUUAUCUCGUUCUUCUUGAUUUAUUGCUCCAUUUAUUUGUCUUUUGCUAAAAUAAGGAAAAUCUUAUUCUUGAUUUACUCUCUCUCUCUCUCUCUCUCUCUCUCUCUCUCUCUCUCUCUCUCUCUCUCUCUUCAUUUCAGCAAUGUGAUGAUCCUUUUUUCUUUUAAUUUCUCUUGGAUUCCUUGAAAGGAGGAGAAAUCUCGUCGGUUCAACUGUUUGAAGUUUGCAGGACUUCCUAUUUCUUGAAGAAGAAAAUGGAUGAGUAUGAGGUGUUGGAGCAGAUUGGUAAAGGUGCCUUCGGUUCUGCCCUUCUUGUGAGGCAUAAGCAAGAAAAAAAGAAGUAUGUAUUGAAGAAAAUCCGUCUUGCUCGUCAGACAGAUCGCUGCCGGAGAUCUGCACAUCAAGAAAUGGAGCUUAUUUCAAGAGUCCGGAAUCCAUAUAUUGUGGAAUAUAAAGAUUCUUGGGUAGAAAAGGGUUGCUAUGUAUGCAUCAUCAUAGGAUACUGCGAGGGUGGAGACAUGGCACAGGCCAUUAAGAAGGCAAAUGGAGUUCUUUUUCCAGAAGAGAGACUUUGCAAAUGGCUCACUCAACUGCUUAUGGCACUGGACUACUUGCACUCUAAUCACAUACUUCAUCGUGAUGUGAAGUGCUCAAAUAUAUUUUUAACAAAGGAUCGAGACAUUCGGCUAGGUGAUUUUGGGCUUGCUAAAAUAUUGACUUCUGAUGGCCUUGCCAAUUCUGUUGUUGGGACUCCCAGCUAUAUGUGCCCAGAGCUUCUUGCUGAUAUUCCAUAUGGUACCAAGUCUGAUAUCUGGUCGCUGGGAUGCUGCAUAUAUGAGAUGACUGCUCACAAGCCUGCAUUUAAAGCAUUUGAUAUGCAAUCAUUGAUCAAUAAGAUAAACAAGUCUAUUGUUGCUCCUCUUCCAACCAAGUAUUCUGGUGCAUUUAGGGGACUCGUGAAAAGCAUGCUGAGGAAAAGCCCAGAGCAUCGACCAAGUGCUGCAGAUCUUUUGAAGCAUCCAGUUCUCCAGCCUUACGCCCUCAAGAUCCAUCUCAAAUCCAUACAGAUGCGUGGUUCUCUUCCAUUCCACCUGCAUGGAUAUGGUGGUAUUAUUGAUGAUGUUGACUAUAACCAUAACCCAGAAAGACGUUCUUGUGUGGAUUGUGUCGAUAACUUCAGAUUCUCUGAGGUAGAGGACAAAUGUAUUCCAGCAAACCCUGAAGAGAAUAGACGGUCAUUCUGCGACGAGAAAAUAUUGAGAGCUUGUGAUCCUUACGACGAUCAAGACUUAAAGUUUGGGAGGAGAGCAUACAGUAGUCCCAUCUUUCUGAAGCAUGAACUGAGCGAGGUAUCUGAUGCCUGUUGCCAUGCUGAAGACACCACCAUCAGAAAGCCUCAACGUUUGAAGGGCUCGCGUGUUACAGCAUCUCCUAGACAAAGUUCCCCCGUUUGCAUGCAAACGCCUGCUACAGCUUGCUCAACACCACAGAGAAGAUCAACAUUGCCAAAGAUUCCUAGAACUGGCAUAACCCGGGAGUCGCCUUUUACAGGACGAACUCUGGACUACCAAUCCAGUAGGCAUGGUCGCCGAGCAUCAUUACCGCUACCCACAAAAGCAAGUGUGCAGACACCUCGUAUCCCCAGCGCUGCAACGCCAAGAAUCCCGCGCACGUACAGUACUCCGCGAACAUCUUCUGCUGAUACAGGAUCGCCUGUGACCAAAGUUGUUAAUAGGCGACAACCGGCCAAGCACACCAUCCAGCUUCUGCAGCAUGUGGACUCGCCUGAUGUCUCCGUCAAUGAGCCUCGAAUCGACAAGAUUGCAGAGUUCCCGUUAGCAGGCAAUGGCGAGCCUCUUUUUACCAAGGCUCAGAACAGAAAAAAUGUGAAAUCGGCUAGCGCUGCCAUUCAAGAGUGCCUAUCCAACUUGGUUGAUCUGUCUUUGACACAGGAAAAACGGACUAUAAGGAUACAUGAAACGCCUGGGAAGUGUGGGUUCAAUGAGGUUAUGAAUGUGAUAAGGAGCAACUCGGGUGGCCUGGGAUCGGCUGAUGGCGUUGGAGAGGAUGUCUGCUCUGGCAGGUUGUCCAUUGAUUCCCAAAACCAUCGGUUCAACACCAGGUCGUUUCAGCAGCGGGCAGAGGCUCUGGAAGGGCUGCUAGAGUUCAGCGCGCGGUUGCUGCAUCAGGAGAGGUAUGAGGAAUUGGGAAUACUGCUGAAGCCCUUUGGGCCAGGCAAGGUUUCUUCCAGGGAGACGGCUAUCUGGCUGACAAAGAGCUUCAAGGGAACAUUGAGAUUAGAUCAUUGAGAUGCAUGCGGUUGAAAAUGUCGUUACCACGCUGUUCUUUGGAAAUGGAAAUGAAAGAAGUUUGCGAUUCCAGAUCUGCGUGUGCGUGUUAAGGCGGCUUAGAAAGUUCUCCAAAUCGACAGCCAAAGCCAGGUGCGCUGUUCAAUGGACCUUACAACAGUCCCCACUUCGCGCUAAUAAUUUUUCAAAUCCAUUCUUAAAAAACCUGAAACGUGUCUUUCACUUCUUAACCAGAAAAAGUUUGGCAAAAGAAACAAGCCAUAUUGUCAAAUAUACGCGUGAUUUUAAGAUGACUUUGAUCGCCAAGUGAAAGACAGUGGCGAUGCUGAAAGCUAAUGACAUACGUGUUUGAUUAAGCUGAUUGAACUAGCGGCUGGCAGGUGGGCCGCUAGUUCGUUUCUUGGUGGUGUCAGCGGAAUGUGAAGUAUUUAGCAAUUGAAUUGUAGUAAACAGUAGUAAUCUCACAAACAUUUGAGCCAUGAUUGUAAAAUUGCACGUGUAUAUGUAAUAACUGUCAUCAUCAAAGUUUUCAUCUUUGUAAUGGUC